UGUACUUUCUUCGCCCGUCUUCUCCAGAUUAAAGCACUCAUCGAAGAGGUACAACGCCUGCGCACACUCGAACAAACACAAUUCACACAAAUACAACGACUUGAAGAUCAUUUGGAAGUGAAACGUCAGCACAUUAUGCGUCUGGAAGCGCGUCUUGACAAGCAACAAAUCAAUGCAGCGCACGCCGAAGCGGCCACAGCAACAGCCAACAGCGCAAUAGCAAUCACAACAACAGCCUCCUCAACUGUGCCAGUGACACAUGUUGUCAACGAUGACGAUGAUGAUGAUGAUGAUAAUUGUGAGGAUGACGAGGAAGAUGCAGUAGCUGCCAGUGCUGAUGUACCAGUUGCCAAAAUUGAUUUAACCACAACAACAGCAGCCACAGAUCGCAUCGAAGAUGCUGCUACAGAGAUUGUAGCUGAUGUUGAACUAACGACCGAUCGUGAAUGUGAGAAGCUAACAACAGCGACGGAAAAGACAACGGCGGCGACCACGACGACAAAUAAUAGCAGCAGCAUAACUACAGCAGCAAUUGAAACAACAACACCAGUUGGCGAGAUUAAAAUCAAAAAGGAAAACCACGGCCCACUCGAUUUGGAUGUGAUUAGUCAGCAAUCAGCUAUCGCUGCUGCUGCAGCAGCCGCUGCAGCCGCCGCAUGCGCCAAUGAUCCGAACAAAUUCCAGGAAUUGCUGCUUGAAGGCACCAAAGCGUUGGCGGCUGCCGAGGCGCUCAAGAGUGCUGUCGCUGCAACCGGUGCAGAGGGAACAACAGUUGCUGCCAGCCAACAAAUGGACAACGCUGACGACGGCGAUGUCGCAGCCAGCAGCAACAAUUGCAACAAUAGCAACGUUAGUAAAGAGGACGACGAUGGCAAACUGUCGUCUCCGACAAGAAUGACACAAUUGCCUAUUAUGCCAAAAAUACCCAAAAUCGAAAUUGUCGACGACGACGACGACGACGAUGAUGAUGCUGGCGAGCAUAGCAACAUACAUGAGUCCGCCAACAAUGAAUUGCCUGAAAAUGAAAAUCUAGUUGCGGCUUGUGAAAGUGCAGCUGAGAAUGUAGAAGAAACCGCACAGCUGCCCACAAUCGAUGUGGACGCCUUAGAGACUGCGGGUAGCGAUGGCGCAUCUGACAACGGCGCCUCGGAGAAGUCCGAAUUGCAAGCUUUGCAGCAACAUGUUGCCGACUCCACCGCAGCCGCCGCCGCUGCUGCUACAGUAUUCGAUGAGAAUAUGGAUGCUUUUGGCUCAUUACUCGGCGAAGAGCUUGUAAGUUCAUAUUGGCGUGGUUUUAAGAUGCCCACGUCAACGAGUAACAAUAGUGGCAGCGGCUCCUCGCUUGCCACGAAAACUCCAAACGCCAAUAGCAUAUUUGCCAAUCAAUUGCAGCAUCGUUUGCCGCCACCGCAGCCGCCACAUCAGCAACAGCAUCAUCAUCAUCAUCUUCAGCAGCAGCAGCAGCAGCAUCACCAUCCGAUGCACCACCACCAACACUCUACACUAAUGCCACACCACUUGCACCAUCACCAUCACCAGCAACAGCAGCAGCAGCAACAGCAAACUGCAGCCGCUGCGCAGCAACAUGGACCUUCGUCCACAGCGCUGCUCAGCCAAUUAGUUAAUUCCACUUUCUCAACAGCACCACCUACUUCUUCUUCUUCUCUACGUACAGAUGCGCUGCUGCCGUCCCACCAUCAUCACCACAGCCACCAUGGGCAAGGGCCGUCAGCACCGCCGCCUCCACCACCUCCAAUGCCGUCACAUCAUCACCUGCAUCAGCCACAUCUUAGCGCUGACGCGCACCAGAAAUCAAGCAUGGACGCGCAGCAUAGCAACAACAAUAGCAGCAACCAUGAGUUAUCAGCCAACGCAAGUACGCCGCACGCACUCGACCAGCGCGAUGAGCAUCACGCCGCGCUUAACGGCAGCGGCAAGUCAAUGUUGGAAGACAACAAUAACACUUUGUGCGGCACACCAAAUGCGAAUGCGCCCAGCGCCGCUGCCAUGGCGGCAGCAAUGGCUGCACAACCACAUCCACACCUGCCGCCAGGCUAUUUGCAUGCGCUACCAUUCCAAUUCCAGGAGCGCGGUCAUUUCCGCUUUGCCGACGAUUUGCAGCUGCCACCAGGCGCUUCCAUGGCUGGUCGCCUCGGCGAAUCACUCAUACCCAAGAGUGAUCCGAUGGAGGCGAAACUGCAAGAAAUGCUGCGCUACAACAUGGACAAGUAUGCCAAUCAACCGCUGGACACGUUGCAUAUCUCGCGACGCAUACGUGAGCUGCUAUCGGUGCACAACAUCGGACAGCGACUGUUCGCCAAAUACAUACUGGGACUAUCGCAGGGCACCGUGUCGGAGCUGCUGUCCAAGCCAAAGCCGUGGGAUAAGCUGACCGAGAAGGGACGUGACAGCUACCGCAAAAUGCAUGCCUGGGGCUGUGAUGAUAACGCGGUAAUGCUGCUCAAGUCGCUCAUACCGAAGAAAGAUUCCGGUUUGCCGCCGUAUGGUGGUCGCGAAGACUCCAUGCCCGAAGAUCGUCUUGCACACAUACUCAACGAGGCAUCGAGCAUGAUCAAGAACUCUACACCAGGCUCAUUACAGCAGCAGUUAAAAGAAGCCGAACAGCGGCAGCUGCAGCAGGAGCAGCACCGUCGCUCGGCGCAUGACGAGUCACAGCACAGCAAUGAGGAUUCCAAGUCUCCACACCCGCUUUGCACAUCGCCGUUCUAUAAGAGCAGCAGCCAAUUGAAGCAGGAGCAGGAGGCGGCAGCUGCCGCACAACAGCAACAGCAUCGCCUGCGUCAGGAGCAGGAGUUGACACCCGACAAAAUGGCGCGCAUUUAUCAAGAGUUCCUGAUGCGUACACCACGCGAAGCCGCUUUUCCAGGUCUUCUGCUCUCGCCUUUUUUCAGCGCCGCCGGUGGCAUGCCCAGCGGCUGUGGUCUACCCAAUAUGAUGGGCGGCGAUGAGAAUUUACGUCUCGCCUACGAACGUGAAAUGGCCAAAUUGCAACAGCAACAGCAACAAAAUGCCGCAGCCGCUGCUGCUGCAGGCAAUUUGCCAAACUUCCCUAAUUUCUCCAACUUGAUGGCGCUGCAGCAACAAAUGCUAAAUGGCGCUCAGGACCUCACGCUGACUAAGGAUCCCAAAGACGUUAUUAAAGUGAAUGGACAACGCUCCAUCGAGCAUUCGAACAACUCCAUGGAUUCACAGAGUGGCAAUAGCAAUAGCAAUGCUGCACCCAUGUCGGGCAGCAUCGCCGGUGGUAGCAACAGCAACCAUGCCAAAGACUUGCCCAACACAGAUAGCUUAGAUCGCCAUUCUAAUUCGGGCAUGUCGAUGCAUUCGCGCAAAUUGGAUAGCAGUGGCAGCCACACACCGGUACCGCAAUCCACCAGAGACGCUUCAGUUGCCAUGCAUGGUGCCAGCAACUCGACUGCGCCCAGUCCCCUAAGCAACUCGAUACUGCCGCCCGCGAUGACACCCAAUGAUGAUUUCUCCGCCACCGCAAGCCCACUGCAGCGCAUGGCGUCUAUCACCAACUCGUUGAUCACACAACCACCCGUCCCACCACAUCAUACACCUCCACAGCGUCCCACCAAAGCCGUCUUGCCACCAAUCACACAGCAACAGUUCGACAUGUUUAACAAUCUCAAUACCGAAGAUAUUGUGCGACGCGUCAAAGAAGCACUCUCUCAAUACUCCAUCUCGCAGCGUCUCUUUGGCGAGUCAGUACUCGGUCUCUCGCAGGGUUCCGUCUCCGAUUUGUUGGCGCGUCCAAAACCUUGGCACAUGCUGACACAGAAGGGACGUGAACCAUUCAUUCGUAUGAAGAUGUUCCUCGAAGACGAAAAUGCUGUACACAAAUUAGUGGCCAGCCAAUACAAGAUCGCACCCGAGAAGUUAAUGCGCACCGGCAGCUAUAGUGGCACACCUCAAAUACCGCAAGGUUUGGCCAGCAAAAUGGGUGCUUCGUUGCCCAUGCAAAAGAUGAUGAACGAGUUAAAGCUGCAGGAGCCUACACAAGCUCAGCACAUUAUGCAGCAAAUGCAGGCGGCAGCUAUGUCCGCUGCUAUGCAGCAACAUCAGCAGCAAGCGCAGAGUCAACACCAACACGCCGCCGCCGUGCAAGCGGCACAGGCAGCGGCUGCUGCACAAGCGGCGCACCACCAAAGCAUGUUGUUAACCUCGCCCGGACUGCCACCACAGCACGCGAUCAGUUUACCACCAACUGGCGCUGCUGGCGGCAAUGCAGGGCCAGGCACACCCGGCAGCGAUAAAAAGCCGAUGAUGAUGCCAAUACAUUCACCACACCCAGCGAACGCAAUGCGCAGCAUGCACCAGCAUAUGUCGCCCACCGUAUACGAGAUGGCGGCGCUUACUCAGGAUCUUGAUACACAAGUCAUCACUACAAAAAUUAAGGAAGCUCUACUUGCCAAUAACAUCGGUCAGAAGAUCUUCGGUGAAGCUGUGCUUGGCCUAUCACAAGGUUCUGUUUCGGAGCUACUCAGCAAACCAAAGCCCUGGCACAUGCUUUCCAUCAAGGGUCGCGAACCGUUCAUCCGCAUGCAAUUGUGGCUAUCAGAUGCCAACAACGUGGAACGCCUGCAAGUCAUUAAGAACGAACGACGUGAGGCGAGCAAGCGACGACGUUCUACUGGUCCCAAUCAACAGGACAACAGCUCAGACACAUCUAGCAACGAUACUAACGACUUUUACACCAGCUCGCCUGGCCCUGGCUCUGUUGGCUCAUCGGUAAGUGGCGCACCACCGAACAAGAAACAACGUGUGCUGUUCUCCGAGGAGCAAAAAGAAGCUUUGCGGCUCGCCUUCCAACUCGAUCCAUACCCAAAUGUAGGCACCAUCGAGUUCCUUGCCAACGAACUCGGUCUCGCCACACGCACCAUCACCAACUGGUUCCACAAUCACCGCAUGCGCCUAAAACAACAGGUGCCACACAAUCAGCCCGGCGCUGACAAUCCAAUACCCAGUCGAGAAAAUACCACUUCAACGCCUUUCGAUCCCGUCCAAUUCCGCAUCUUGCUGCAACAACGUCUACUCGAGCUGCACAAAGAGCGCAUGGGACUGAGUGGCGCACCAACGCUACCCUACCCGCCUUACUUCGCCGCCGCAGCGCUGCUCGGGCGCAGCCUAGCCGGUAUGCCAGGUGCUGCUGCCGCUGCUGCUGCUGCUGCUGCCGUAGGUGCCGGAGGUGAGCCUGACUUGCACGCACUCAACCAGGCAUUCAAAGAGCAAAUGAGUGGUCUCGACCUAACGAUGAGCUCACUGAAACGUGAACGCAGUGUCGACUACGAUGAUGAUCUCGACGAAAGUCAUCUCAGCGACAAUGAAUCGCUGGACGGUGGUGAUGGUGUUGCCGACGACAAGUCCCUCAGCGGUGAUUAUAAAGACGGUACAAGUACGCCACGCUCCACGCCACUCUCCGCAGCAGCCAGCUACUUAAUGGGCGGUCUAAGCGCCAGUAUGCGCAGCUCGCGACGCAAACCGGCAGCACCACAAUGGGUGAAUCCCGCUGGACCAAGCGCAAAUGCAGAUGCCAAUGGUAUAGUAGCAGCGACAGCAGCCGCCGCAGUUGGCAUGCCACCGUCCGCAGCCGAACAAGAGCGCAUCAUCAAUGGUGUUUGCGUUAUGCAACCGUCCGAUUUUAGUCGAAGCGAAGGUGACGAAGCCACCGAUGUCGAUUUGGAGGCGAAUAAACGUGCCGAAGUGUGCGAUACAGAUGUAGAGCAGCCGCGGUUCAUGGAGCCCGAAGUGCGCAUCAAACAAGAAAAGGAAGAUUGUGAUAGCGACAAUGAAACGACUGCGCCACUGGCCACAGGAUUGACAAGCGAAGAGAAGCUAAAAGUAGUGAGCGAGGAAAAGUUACGCAUGGUGCGCGUGCAGCGGCAUAGUCACGAAGACGAUACAACGGCAGCUGGCGUGCCGACAACGAACGCAACAGUGCCUACAGCUGCGGGCGCAGCAAGCGCGUGGAAUUAUUAAAAACUCAACGCUUGGCGUAAAAGGAUUAACCCUUUCGGGGACACAAGUUGUUUUGGAAACGUUCGCAGAAUGUCACUAGUGAUAUUUGGAGCUCUACUUGUAGACUAAAUACCUAAAUUCGAAUUCUCAGUUUUCGAUUCUGGUUUAUUUAAUAUUACAUAGAUUUUUACACAGAACUGAGAAUUGAUGGUUGUGUCCAAUUUAAUGUUAUAAGCGACACAUCUGACGUGGUUGGCGUCGAACACUUUAAAAAUUGUCUUGCUAAAUUAGCUUUACGUCAACCCAAGCCGACGUGUCCGCCCAAGGGUUAAGGCACAUACAUAUUUUGUAUGCUCUUCAGAUGGCGUUAGUGUUAAGCGUUCAAAGAGGGCGUAUUGUUGAAAGGUAGUGCGUAAUUGGUAUGUGGAAUGUGGCGCGUAUGUGGAACAUAGAAUUGUGCAAUUUGUGGCGUUAAGCGUUCACCUGAAUUUUGUUUAAAAAUCUAUAGAGCUGAAAAAAAUUUGAUAAUUAAAUUUGUUUUAGGGAAUUUGUGAUUUGUUUACAAACAUUAAAGACAAUGAAAGAUGAGGAGAAAAUAAUGAGAAAAUACUGCAUUUAAAUGCAGUGCUUGUUGAUUUGAAGCAUAUUUGCUAAUUAAAUAUAAUUGAAAUUUUGCUUUCAUUUGUGUAUUUUUUACACUCUUUUGCCGAUAAAGACUGUAAACAGGUUUAGUAGUAGUAUUUUUUCCUAGGCUUUAAUUUCAAUUUUUUAUGCAUUUUUUCAUCUCCUUUUUCCAUACACAAACACAUACAAACAUAUUUAGUUUAAAGUGUAAAUAUUUAAUGCUUUAAUUAUGUACCGUUAUACAAUAGUUUUAAUAGUAAACGCCCUGCCACCGCAAAUGUAAAUAGUUAAUUGAAAAUUCAAAAAACAUUGAACUCACGCGUAAAACGUAGUAAACAAAUAUAUAUUAAAUUAUAAAGAGAUUACAAAUGUAAAAGAAGCGUUUAUGAAGGCCUCUUUUUGAUCUCAGUGUAAAAUCAAAGUAAAUUAAAAUAAAAUAAAUGGAAGAAAACCUUGCACGUGGUAAUAGCGCAAAUAGUUAUGAAAAGCCGCCGUUUAUUAUUAAAUUUUUAGGCUGAGUAAUAAUUAGUAGCGACAACAAAACAACAAAAUGUUGAUAAUAACAAUGAGUAUUCGUAGUAAGCGACAGACGGCAAAUAGCAAACCAAAAAUGGCAUUAAAGAGUAGAAGUAUGUAGACUAAGAUAAAUAACCGUAAUAUAUGCAACUACAUACAUACACACAUAUAAAGUACAGGUAGAAAGUAAAGCAAAUAUUUAACAUAUGAACGCAGGUACAGGCAUAUUAAUUAAAAAUCCAAAAAAUAUAAUUUAAUUUAAAAGCAAAUAAUGUACGGCAUUAAAAGGCAUUAAAGUUAGGCAACUGAGUUAAAAUAUAUAAAAACAUACGCAUACAUGUAUAUAAAUUUAAAAUAAAUAAAAAAUAAAUUAAGCGUAGCAAAGAAGAUAAGGUACACACCUGCAAAGGGUACGGAGGGAGUAAUGUAACAAUAAUGUAAGCCAAUGGAAAAUUUAAUUAAUAAAAAAUAUAGAAUUAAGCCAUGA